AUGCGCGCGAGGGAAGCGGCUCGUGCGUCGUUUGCCGCGAAGCGACGUCGGACAGUUCCGACAGAGUCUCUUGCUCAUGCAUCGUAUACCUUUGCAGCACCUUCAAGAUCACAGCAUCUUCCCAUUGAAGGAUGUGGAUCGGUUUCUUCGUAUGAAAUUUUGAAUAGGAUCGAGGAAGGCUCCUAUGGAGUUGUAUCACGCGCUCGUCACAAGCAAACCGGCGAGAUUGUUGCGCUAAAACAGCUUAAAUUCGAAAAAGAAGGCCUUGGUUUUCCCAUCACAAGCUUAAGAGAAGUCCAAGUGCUCAUGGAAGCGCGCCAUCCACACAUUGUUGAACUGAAAGAGAUGGUGGUGGGUGAUACCAUAAACCACGUGUACCUGGUCAUGGAAUUUGUAGAGCAUGAUCUCAAGACACUGCUUACAACAAUGCGGACUCCAUUUCUUUUGUCCGAAAUUAAAACGCUGAUGAAGCAACUACUCUCGGCUGUUGCGUUGAUGCAUUCGCGCUGGAUUGUGCAUCGUGAUCUGAAGGCGUCGAAUUUGCUGUUGUCAAACCGUGGGCAGAUCAAAAUAGCUGAUUUUGGGCUUGCUCGUUUGUUUGGUGAUCCAUUGACGGACAUGACAAGUCUUGUUGUAACUCUAUGGUAUCGUGCGCCUGAGCUUUUGCUUGGCAAAAAGCGUUAUGACACAGCGAUAGAUAUGUGGUCUGUGGGAUGUAUUUUUGCCGAACUCUUGAUGAAAGAACCACUUUUUCCCGGAAAGAAUGAGACAGACCAGCUUUCUCGUAUUCUUCGAUUGCUGGGGUCGCCCACGGAAACGACUUGGCCCGAGUUUGCAUCAUUGCUAAAAUCACGAUUCAAGCAUACAACACACGUAAGGAGCCAACUUCGGCAUCAUUUUCGCCUCUUCUCUGACGCUACAGUUGAUCUCUUGCAGUCAUUUCUGUGCUAUGAUUCAUCCAAGCGAAUAUCUGCCCACGAUGCUCUGCAGCAUGCGUACUUCGAUGAGUCUCCUGCACCUGCCCAUCCAGACACAUUUGGGAGUUUUCCCUCGGCUGCGGCUGGCGAGAAGUUACGACAACCAAGUCCCGUUGCACCUAUAUACGAACUUGACGUGUCACGCUCUAAUAACCCUCUCUAG